CUGGCACUAUUGUGUACAUUUGCAAUUUUUAUCGAUGCCAGGCAUGGAAGUGGCUUCGAUGGGUGCGUAAGUCUGGUAAUGGUCUCUCCCCUCUUGAACAGAAAGAUUUGCUGCACCACCUGCAGUGUUUGGCAAAUGCAAACAAUGUAGGAAAAAUGAAGGAGGCCCUGCAGGACUUGCAAUCUAGUCCGGUUUGAGAGCACCAAAAAGUCCGAGAGUACACGAAUUCUUACUGGCUCCCUCGACAAAAACGGUGGAUGCGGUGCUAUCGACAAACAACAUAUGAUGCAAUCAUAAACACUAACAAUGGUGUCAAGAUGCAGAACAAAGUCCUGAAGCAUUCAUAUCUUGCGAGUCACUCUGACAAAAGUUUGACUGGGGUGAUCUCUGUGAUUCAUGACUUCUUCCUGCCCGACAUGUACCAGGACUAUGUUCGCAACAAUUUUGCAUUAAGUUCAGACUACAAACAAUACGGUGGCCAGAUUCCAGACUACCUCCAUGAGCGUCCCCACGAGUAUAUUUGGCACAUUCUGAAGAGGAUGGAGUCUGCCAAGAGGGAUUUUGUGCCAACAGAUGUCCAUCCAAUAACCAGUAACGUAUCUCGCGGAAUUCUGCGACAACCUUGGAAGGUUUACAUUAUAAGGUGGAUCUCACCAUCCCUUCAUUCAACUGUGAAGAUUUUACACGCCACCGCUGGCUUUGCAAGCAUUUUUUUGUCGUGUUUGUUGCAUAUCCUGAUGAUUGGGACUAUAACAAGUUGCCAGAGUCUUACCGAAACAACCCGUUCGUCCGGAUCGAUACAGACGCAUUUGAAAGUCCUGACCAUGUUGAAACAAGUUCCCUCAGUCCUACACUGCCAAAACCUUCUGAUGACAAGGGUGAAGUACAUGUAGGCCUAGAAACAGAGCAGUCAUCUGAAGAUGAUGAUGAUGAUGAUGUUGAGUGUGAUGCUGAUGAGCCUAUCUUGCUAGGUCUUCCUCCACUGAGGCGCUGCAAUGUGAAAAAAAUGAGACGUUUGUGUGCAGCUGCUGCUGAAGAAGUGCGGAGUGCUCUCUACCUUUGCCACGACACGGUUGCACUACAUGAAUCAACUCGAAAACUGAAGGAGAUUGCAGAGGUCAUCAAGUCUGGCGCAGUGUAUGGUGGAUUUUUCUUGAAUUCACCAACGAAGAAGAAUGAUCCAGCACAGAAGACAAAUAAACAGAAGAGGCACCAAUCGAUGCCAACCUGGAUUCCUCCAUUGAACCGUUGGCAAAAUACAAGCCUCCGAGGGCGACAUCGGUACAGGUCUGGUGCUGUGGCAGAAAUAUUCAGAACAUCAUACAAGGUGAAUAUACCUAUUGUGGCACCAGACACCGGGGACAGCAAAGUGACCAUACCUGUAGGCCUACCUGUUGCAGCACCAAAGUCGGACACCAAGACUGCGAUUCCUGUGGGCCAAAGUAAAUCUUCUGCAGACAAUGUUUUACUUGGCAGUCGCCCUCUUUGGAUCAAUGACAGAAAUAUUGGUGUCAGUUUGUCGGUCAAGGACAGAUCUAUUCUUCUUGAGAAUGAGUGGUUGUCCGAUAUGCAUAUCACUGACACGAAAUUGAACUGUCUACAGCUGAUGCGACACAGAAAUGGGAAACUCUCGAUGGUCAUUCAGCCAAUGAGGAAGCAGCGAAAUGGAAAUGACUGUGGCCUGUACGCCAUUGCUGUGGCUACAGCAGUGUGCCAUGGAUUAAACCCUUCAACUCUUUCAUUUAAGGAAGAAAUGUUGCGCGCUGACCUUGCAAGCUGUUUUGAGAGUCUUGAGUUGACACCGUUUUCUGUGGUACCCAGUCCUGAAAACAGUGUUGCUUCUGUUGCUAAACAUGUUAGUGUACUGGGCUAUUGCGGAUGUUUCAAAGUCUUGUGUGUGAAGGAUGAUAUGAAGUCAUGCUCUGCUCUGGAGUCUAUAAAUGUCUGUCAUGCUUGCCUUUGCUGUAAAUACAUACACAGUUAGCCAGCCACGGAUUCAUGUCUAAAUGACACAUGUUUGAGGUGUUCAACGUGGAAGGCAGUUGAGCGAGCGCGCGUGAUGCAUGUAAAUACGUACAAAGUUUUUUUUUUAAUGUUUUUUAUUUCUAGAUCCACCAAAGCAAUAAUAAUCAAAACAAUAGGCAUACAUUGGUACAUAUAAACAAUAAUUAGUCUUUGACGAGAGCUAUACAGAGUAAUUUUUGCCAUAAUUUUUGGCAGGGGAUAUCUACUGCAACAUGCAGCAACAGAAAUAGGCAAUAUAUAUAUAUA